UUCUCAAGCCCGGCCGUCUACAGCAGCAGUACCAUUCUCUCCGGGCGCUGCCCCCUCACUCUGAGUUGAAUCGAGUUCUUGGCGGCCGCCCCAGACCCAACCCAGAUCCCCUUUUCCCCUUUUAAUGAUCCAAUCCACCGGAGCAGGCAAGCUUUCUCCGAUCAGAGCUCCAUCAUUCCUUUCCCCGCAAGCUUCCGCAUUCCACAGGCCAAGCCGCGAGGCCCUACCGCCGCCGUCUGUCGCCGCUCUGUCCCUUCUUCAUGGUGCAGCGCAGCGGCAUACCACUACAAAGUAGCAGCAGAAGAAGAAGCUCGAGGGAGUGACUGCCAGUGCCACAGCAAGACCAGCAAGAGAGGGAGGGAGCGGGGGGAGCCAUGGGGUCCCCGAAGGCGGCCAGGAGCAAGGCGGGCCAGCUGGGCGGCAUCUGGCGCCGCAGGGUCGGCGCGCCCUUCGCCGCCCUCCUCGUCGCGGCCGUCCUCGUCCUCGUCCUCUUCACCGGCCGCUUCCCGCAGGGCCCCGACGCUUCCUCGCGGUUCACCCCGGUACAUGUGGACGACUCCACCCCCCGGACGGUGCGCGACCGGCCGGUCUCCUCCACGGACCAAGACUUGGAGACAUCUGAUUCCUCAAAGCAAGAAGGGGAGACGUCUGAUUCGUCAAAGCAAGAAGAGGAGGGGAGUGACCAAAAAAUUGAGCUUGAUGAAUCUUCCAUGGAGGCAAUGGAAGAGCAGAAACAGCCUCCAGAGGACACUCCUGAGACCAAACCAGCAUCUCAAGGCACUACUCCAGCCAACUCCGACUUGGACGGCGAGGGAGGGAUGGCGACCACGACCGCGCCGGACCAAGAAGAAAGGAAUGCAGGAGGAUCUGGUUCAGCACCAUAUACCAAGUGCACACCUCCACCGAACUCGACGGUCUGCGACCUCUCCAACUCACGCUUCGACAUCUGUGAGUUGUGCGGCGAUGCUCGCACCAUUGGUCAGUCGUCCACUGUCAUGUAUGUCCCACACACACAAACUUCCGACGGUGAAGAGUGGAGUAUUCGAGCCCAGUCUCGGAAGAACCUUCCCUGGGUCAAGAAGGUGACUGUCAAAUCUCUGAAUACCUCGCAACCAGCACCAAGGUGCACCUCCAAGUAUGCCAUGCCAGCCAUUGUAUUUGCCCUUGGUGGGCUCACAGCAAAUGUGUGGCACGACUUCAGUGAUGUCCUUGUUCCACUGUUCCUCACUGCCCGCCAGUUCGACAGGGAUGUUCAACUCCUUGUGACAAACAACCAACCCUGGUUCAGCAAGAAGUACAUGACAAUCCUGAGCAAACUCACACGACACGACAUCAUAGAUUUUGAUUCAGACGACCAGGUCAGGUGCUAUCCGCAUGUCAUUGUUGGUCUGAGGAGCCAUGGUGACCUUGGCAUCUAUCCAAACCUGUCACCACAGAACUACACAAUGAUGGACUUCCGGUUGUUUGUCCGGGGAGCCUAUGGUCUGCCUGCAGCCAAGGUGGCCAUUCCCUACAAGGCUGAUAGAGAUGAUCCUGACAAGAAGCCCCGCAUAAUGCUAAUUGAUCGGGGCAAAACCCGGAGGUUCAUCAACGCACCGUACAUUGUCCAAGGGCUGGAAUGGUUUGGUUUUGAGGUGGUCAAGGUUGACCCGAAGAUGGACUCUAGUCUUGAUGAAUUCGCCCGCCUUGUUGACUCGUGCGAUGCAAUCAUGGGCGCGCAUGGCGCGGGCUUGACUAACAUGGUGUUCCUGCGAUCAGGGGGAGUGGUGGUGCACAUUGUGCCGUAUGGGAUUGAAUUCAUGGCUGAUGGGUUCUAUGGAAAACCGGCACGGGACAUGGGCCUAGGCCAUGUCAGGUACAGCAUCAGUCCAGAGGAGAGCACGUUGCUGGAGAAAUAUGGGUGGAACCAUACUGUGAUCAAAGACCCCAAAGCCAUUAGGAGCAGUGGAUGGGACAAGGUUGGGGAGGUUUACAUGUCCAAGCAGGACAUUGUCCUUAACAUGACAAGGUUUGGGCCUGUUUUGCUGAAGGCAAUAGAUUUUAUCAUGUAGGUGUAUGGGAUUUUGGCUGCCUGUAUCGCUUUAUGCAGAGGCUGGGGUUAGGUUUUGAAAUUGUUGUUUUUGUUAGCUACAACAUUUUGACAGUUUUUACUAGAAAAAGAUACUUCACACUUCAAUUGUUUUGGGAGAUGGUGUUUACUGUUCAUCUAGAGCUGAUGUAUAGGAUUGGAUGUGCAAGACCUAAUAAAUUAUGAUGUGGAGUGCUGAGCUCAGUUUUAUGUUA